AUGGCUGGCAAUCAAAGUGAAGAAACGAGCCCUAACAAAAGCAGAAGUGAGCAAUCGAUCAUCGAUACUGGUAAUCCCCUGUACAUUCAUCCUUCUGAUAGUCCUGGAAUGACUUUAGCAGUUCUGUUUUAUGGAAUUGGGUAUCGCUCAUGGAGAAGGAGCGUCUUGCGAGCUUUGUCAUUUAAGAAUAAAUUAGGGUUUAUAAAUGCGGAAUCUAGAAGACCUAGCCCCGAUUCACCUCAAUUCCGUCAAUGGGAGAGGUGUGAUGAUAUGGUAACAUCGUGGAUCCUCAAUUCCCUCGCUAAGGAGAUUUCUGAUAGUGUGGAAUAUGUGAAUGACUCAGCUGAGUUGUGGAGGGAGUUAGAGGAUCGUUAUGACCAAACGAAUGGAGCAAAAUUGUAUCAGAUUCAGAAGGAGAUCAAUGAUCUUACACAUGGUUCCUUAGACAUUACUACGUACUAUACGCGAAUGAAGAGACUGUGGGAGGAACUGAACACUUUGAGCACCAAGUCUCAGUGCAACUGCAAUUGCACAUGUGGGGCAAAUGAGGCAAUGCAUAAGGCAGAACAAGAUCGAAGACUUAUCCAAUUUAUGAUGGGACUAAACGAAGUGUACACAAUAGUACGAGGAAGUAUCCUCAUGAUGAAGCCUUUGCCUUCUAUGGGUCAGGCCUUUUCUCUCUUGAUACAGGAAGAAAAACAAAGGGAAUUCAAGCCCAAUAGUCAGCUGAAUUUGGAUUCUACUUCAUUGCAUGUGAAUGCAAAUCCACAGCAUCAAAAUCCAUUUGGGGCCAGAAACUUCAAGACACACUAUACAGCUAACAACAAUAACAAAGGCCGUCCAUUCUGUGAUUACUGUAAGAGACCAGGACAUACAAAAGAAAAGUGCUAUAAGUUGCAUGGAUACCCUCAAAGUAAUUCUUACAACAAUCAGAACCUCAAUCGUGCCAAUGCACAGCCAUAUAAUCAGGGAAACAACCAGACCUACAAGUUCAAUAGGGGAAAAGGGUCUGUGGCAAAUGUACAUGGGACUCCAGCUGAUAUAGGUCAUGAGAGUGGAGAUAAUCAGGACUAG